AUGCCUCAGGGUUAUAUGCCAACUGGAUACCACCCUCAAAACACUGAAGCUCUAGUAGUGACUGAUGUGAUGUAUGUACCUCCUCCUGUGGUGCAUACGACUCCUUAUAAUGAAGAAAACAUUUAUCACGCUGCUCCAAACAAAGUUGUGGGAGUAGAUGAAAGGUUAGAGAGAUUUCAAGAUCAGAUCUUAGAAAUGAAAAGGGAAAUCAACGCUCUUCGAGGUAAGGAUCUUUUUGGUAAGACCGCUUCCGAACUCCAAUUGGUUCCUAAUGUUCAAAUUCUUCCCAAAUUCAAAGUACCAGACUUCGAUAAAUACAAAGGAAAUUCAUGUCCUCAAAGUCAUUUGGUGAUGUAUGCUAGGAAUAUGUCCACUCAGACUAACAACCAUCAGCUUCUGAUCCACUACUUUCAAGAUAGUUUAACUGGUGUCGCUCUUAAAGGGUACAUGGGCUUGGACAGCACAAAGAUCCGUACUUUCAACGACCUCGGUGAAGCUUUUGUUCGUCAAUAUAAAUAUAAUGUAGAUAUGGCUCCGGACAGAGAUCAACUUCAGACCAUGUCUCAGAAAGACAAAGAGAGUUUCAAGAAAUAUGCUCAAAGGUGGUGUGAAAUUGCUGCACAAAUUUUCCCUCCACUUGAAGAGAAAGAGAUUACUAAAAUCGUUUUGAAAACUCUGAGUUCAUUCUACUAUGACCGCAUGAUCGACAGCGUAUCCAGUGAUUUCACCGAGAUGGUAAACAUGAGCAUGCGACUUGAGGAAGCAGUCCGAGAGGGACGUUUGACUAAGGAAGCCGACGAUUCUAGUCAUGUUAAGAAACUCACCAACAAUUUCUCCAAGAAGAAAGAUUCGGAUGUUAGUAUCAUUUCAUAUGGUAGACAAAGAAGAAAGUAUCAACAUGUUGCAGCCGUUUCACCAAUCAUUUGUCCACCAAUGGUAGCGCCAAUUUAUCAGCCACAGUUCUCGCAUCAACAUCAACAACGGUAUCCUCAACAGCAUCAGCAGUAA